AUGCUGUCUACUGAUUACUUCCGCAACAAUGUGCAACCACUUGGAGUCAACAACUCCUUAAAUAUGCAAAGUAACGCAUCAUCCGAUUCAUCGAUGCAAAACUCAUUUGGAAGCGGCUUCUACAGAUCGGAAGAUCAUGUUCCGGUUGAUAGACCACUUUUUGUGAACACCUCAAUGUCGGCUUCGCAGCGUUCGGACCUCUACCGCCGCCUCAGCGACCUACCGAAGGAUGACCAACCGGCUCUCGCGUUCUCGGGAUUUCGUCAUUUCUAG